AUGAAUUUCUCACCUAUUCGAGGAAGACAGGUUUGCUACAGAAGACUCGGAUGCUUUACAGAUAAGCCCCCUUGGUCUGGGAUCCCAGGGAGAGAGCUAGCAGGCUUGCCCAGCUCUCCAGAAUACGUGAACACCAAUUUCCUUCUUUACACUAGAGACAACACCAUGAAAUAUCAAAAAAUCUCAGCUACAAGUCCUUCAACUAUCAAAGCUUCCAAUUUCAGAACACACAGGAAAACUCGCUUCCUUAUACAUGGCCAUCUUGCUGGAGCAGACCUCCCCUGGAUAUCGAAAAUGUGCAGGUUCAUGUUCCACACUGAAGAUGUGAACUGCAUUUUGACCGACUGGAGAGGUGGCUCCAAUGGUUUGUACACCGAAGCAGUCAACAACGUCCGCAUUGUGGGGGCUGAGCUGGUAUAUCUGGUGAACCUUCUUGAGAAGGACUAUGGCUACUCUCCUGACAACAUUCAUUUCAUCGGCCAUAGCCUUGGAGCACAUGCUGCAGGGGAGGCAGGGAGAAGGAAACCGGGCAUUGGAAGAAUAACAGGUUUGGAUCCAGCCGGGCCCCUUUUCCAGUAUACUCCAACAACGGUUAGGCUGGAUCCUUCAGAUGCAAAAUUUGUUGAUAUAAUUCAUACUCACGCUGGUCAUCUUUUCUUUGACUUUG